AUGUUUGCGGCAGCAGUGGCCCCAGCGAGCGUUUGCGAGCAAUUCAUCGAAAGUCAACCGCAAGCUUCGCCCUCGACACUGCUCUUCUCCACGGCUUUUCUGUUUGUUCGGGCUGGCAGUGCUGCCGCGAGUGGUCGACUGAGUGUCUGGCGGGUCCACCGAGUUCUCGCCACUCGUCCACACCAGCAAGGGCCUUUGAGACGUCGCAGAAAGUCCUCUACGAUGCUCUCGAGUUCGUCACGCGCGGCGACUUGCCGACCUACCGCCUCGAUCGUCCGCACCUUCACCUCCUCGACCUCGACUCUCUCCUCGCCCUCCUCAUCUCAGCCGCCCAAAGCCCCUGGGACGCCUGAGCAGGACCCUCACGCCAAAAUCUACCAGCGGGUACUGCGAACAGCCAUCUACGGAACCUACGAACACCAACUUCGCGAGAAGGCGGAUCGCUCGCUCCCGGCUGUUGCGAAAGGCUACGUUUCGACCAGCGGCUUCAAGCCGACAAGUCGACGAGACAUUCCGGCGUACGCCCGGCGGCUGGUCAAGAAGGAUGCGCGGAGCAAGCCCGUCCCUGUCGACGUCGAGCAGGUCGAGCAUAGCUUGACGAAGCGAGGCCGGACCGUCGCGCAGCAGGACCUCCUUCCGCGACGAGAAGGCAGUCGGCGACAGAUCGGUAGUGGCGAAGAACGAGGCGCCGUGUUCGGACAGCAGGUUCGAGGCUUCUCGACCUCCGCCUCGACCAGUCGCGCUCGCAUUUCAGAGGAUACGAUUGUUGACCACGAGUCGGAGAGCGCGGAUCUCGGUGGCGGGUUGUGGGAGGAUGCAGAGUCGGCCGACGGGCUCCAACACAGCACUCAGUCGACGUUCCAGCCGGGAGACUUCAUCGAGACUACCCGUGGCGCGCAGCUUGAGAACGGUAUCUUCAUCUGUAUCUCGCGAAGGUCAGCCAAAGUCGGCACCAUCCUGAAUGCCAGCGGCAUCCUCGACAUCUUCCUCGAAGACGACGUCAGCCGUGCCAUUCCCAACUUCGUCGACCCCCAGGUCGCUUCGAGGCUGAAGGCCUACGCACUGGGACUCGACGGCGUCGAGACCGAAGAGCUGCCCGAGGGAAUGGACCGCCGACCGUUCGCCGAAGAGCGGCUGCAAAUGCUGCAGAAGAUUCGCAGUCUCGAGAUUGCCAUCGAUGCGCAGUACAAGCAGCUGCUUCUCAAUGGCGGCUCCAACCUCUAUCAACUCGUCCGCGCCAAGAUUGCGCGGGAUCGCAAAGAGCCUUCAAUCGUCAACCCUACGGAGAGCAUCGACAUCGAAAAGGCGAUCCGCUAUCUCGGCAUCUCACGCCCGACCGUCGCAACUCGCAUCGCCAUGUGCCGUCUCCUCCUCUCCCAGCCGGAAUACUUCCUCGCCGACUCGAACAUGCUCCGCGAAACCGGCCGCUUCGAUCUGCGGUCGCCCAAGGAGGUCGAGCGUUUCGAGCAGGUGCGCGGCUGGGUGCGGGCGAAGGAUGAGCGCGUGGCGACAUGGGCGGAGAAGUGCGCCAGGCUGCGUGAAUGGGGACGAAAGCAGCGGGAGGGAAAAGAGGCUUCGGUUACCAUCGACACGACUCGCUACAAUCUCCCAACGUUUACGCCUCCGCCCGGGGCACAGAACGAGUGGUCGAGUUCCGACUUGACGAUCUUCGCCUUCCUCCGCGACACGCUUGCCAUCUCGCGUCUCCUUCAAGCGCAACCUCACCUCUCGACUGCUCCCGCCCUCGUCAAGCUCGUCGACCGCGAGUCCGCCCAGAACGGGUGGCCGUUCGAUGAGACGAACACGCAGAUUGACAAGGCGCGCAUCCGCGACUUCCUCGGCGAGGUGGGCGUCGUCGCGCCAUGGGAGGAUUGGACUGUACACGACAAGGCGACGACGCUUCCGACGUGGGACAAGAUCGGUUCAAGCGUUGCGCAACAGCUUUCCCAGGCUCCGAAAGACGGCGGGAACCCCAAGGCGCGGGUGGCGAGCAAGUUGUACGACUCGGACGCCCACGACUCGGUCCGCCACGACUUCGGACAGACUCGCGUCUUCACGAUAGACGAUUCGACGGCUCUCGAGCUGGACGACGGCGUUUCCAUCGUCCCCGCACCUCCGACGAGCGACGGCAAGCAGACCUGCUGGGUCUGGGCGCACAUCGCCGACCCGACCACGGUUCUCCCGCCCGAGCAUCUCUGGGCGCAACUUGCUCGCGUCCGCGACCACACGGAGUACCUCCCGCAGCGAACUUGGCCUAUGCUGCCGAAGGCCCUCGUUCUCGACCAGCACCUCAGUCUCGGCGCGAAGGAAGGCGGCGAGCAGCGGACUUUGAGCAUCGGUGUGCGCGUCGUUGAAGAGACCGGCGAAGCGCUCGAGGUGGACGUCAAAGCCGGCAUCGUUCGCAAUGUCCUGCGGCUGACGUACGACGCAGUCGACAAGGUUCUCGGCUUCCAGGCAAGGCCGCCGGGGACGCUCGUCGCGAAUCGGCCGUGGGAGCAGGGUGAGGAGGCUGCGCUGGCGAGCGCGAAGGUGGUUCGCCCGACGGAGGACGCCUUGCUGGAGACGGACGCGAAGGCUCGCGGACAACUCGAAACAAUGCUCCGCAUUGCCCAGCGCAUGCUCCGCCGCCGAGUCGAGUCGACCGCCAUCUUCUGGCAGUACCCUGUCGCCACGGUCAAGGUCGCCCCGACGCCUCUCGAGCCUCACUUCGAGUCAGAGGCGCGCGUCCCGACGUUCUAUGCGCGGCCGCCUCGUGUCGAGGUGCGACUGCCGAGGGACGACAGCGUCUUGGACCACAUGGAGUCGCCGGCGCAUCUCCUCGUCUCGGAGAUCAUGGUCGCAGCGAAUCGUGCUGGAGCGCGCUUCGCCGUCGAGAAGGGGAUCCCCAUGGUGUAUCGCGGGCAAGGACCGCCUUUGUCGGAACCUGCCGCGAUCGACGCCAUCCUCAAGAUGCGCAACCCCAAGACGGGCUCCGCACCGCCCUUUGAGGUCCUCAGGAAGCACGUCGACUUCCGGGCGGGCACACUCUCCCUCACGCCUGGAUCGCACUGGCCCAUGGGAAUCCACGACGAGUUUGGGUACAUCCGCGCGACGUCCCCUCUGCGUCGGUACGGCGACCUCUUCGCCCACUACCAGCUCAAGAGCGCUCUACUCCCGUCCGACACUCCUCAGGGCGUCUUCCCGUGCUUCGACGAGUCGGCCGUGCUCAAGCACAUCAGCGGAUUCACCUCGGCGCUCAAGGGUCGAAAGCGCCUCGACCACACCUCGUCGCUGUUUUGGUCGCUCUGGGUCUUCAAGCAGAAGCUCGAACUUUUCAAGGCGGCGACCACCGCGCCUCAGACCGUCGGCAUAAUUUCCGACGAGGACCAGCAACUCUUCGACCUUCUCGCCAACAACCUCACCGGACUCGCACUUCGCGAGGCGACUUUCAGUAGCGUCGACAACCUGUGGCUGCAGGAAGUCACCGUCCCCGAACUCGGUCUCCGUGGCACGGUCCAGAUGGCGAAGGAGCACGAGACGCUGGCGCGCGGUGACUCGAUGCCCGUCGUCAUCGAAGACAUCCUCCUCGGCGGCAUGUCGCGUCUCAUCCUCGUCCCUCGGCGUCGAUAG